CUGUAACAUACGCUGAAUAAUGUAAAUUCCCGAACCCUUAAUGUUUGAGAUAGCAUCGAUCUGCUUUGGAACCAAAACGGUCAGCAUUUCCAGCUCGAACCACGCGUUUUCCUGGACAAAGUGAAGGUGCAAAGGGUUAAAGAUCAUCCCCAGUAUUUGCAUCGCUCGGCGGGCAGCAGGCUCGCUCGCUGUGGAUUGUGGGAGUCGACUCUGCCCAGACUUGUUCCUGGAGAACCGGAGACAUUUUCCCACCGCGGUGUUUUUUAGGUCCACACUGGUAGCAGUCUCAGCACCAUGUCGAGCCGAGGAGCAAAAAAGAAGUCGACCAAGACGUCCCGGUCCACUAAGGCCGGGGUCAUCUUCCCUGUAGGACGCAUGCUGCGAUACAUCAAAAGGGGUCUGCCCAAAUAUCGCAUUGGGGUGGGGGCGCCCGUCUACAUGGCUGCUGUCCUCGAGUAUCUCACUGCUGAGAUCUUGGAGUUGGCGGGUAAUGCUGCCAGAGACAACAAGAAGGGUCGUGUCACACCACGACACAUCCUGCUGGCCAUCGCCAAUGAUGAAGAGUUAAACCAGUUGCUGAAAGGCGUGACCAUUGCAUCAGGUGGAGUUUUGCCCAACAUCCAUCCAGAGCUGCUGUCUAAGAAGAGAGGACCAAGGGGAAAACUGAUAGAGAUUCCUGUCUCACCCGCACCUGAGAAAAAACCCAAGCCGGUCAAGAAAUCAGCCAGCAAGAAGAUGAGUGGGAGAAAGGGAGGAGCGAAGGCUAAGCAGGGGGAGGUGAGCAAGGCAGCGUCAGCAGACAGCACCACAGAGGGCUCUCCCACUGACAGCUUCACCGUGCUCUCCACCAAGAGCCUCUUCCUGGGUCAAAAGCUCAACCUCAUUCACAGCGAGGUCAGUAACUUGGCUGGCUUUGACGUGGAGGGGGUCAUCAACCCCAUCAAUGCUGAACUUGAACUUAAAGAUGAUCUAGGUGCUGCUCUGGAAAAGAAGGGAGGGAAGGAGUUCACUGAGGCGCUAUUGGAGCUGAAGAAGAAGAACGGCCCUCUGGAGGUGGCUGGCGCUGUGUUGACCGCUGGCUUUGGCUUGCCCGCUAAGUACGUGAUCCACUGUAACAGUCCAAGCUGGGGCUCCGAUAAGUGUGAGGAGAUGCUGGACAAGACGGUGAAGAACUGCUUGGCUCUGGCGGAUGAGAAGAAACUAAAGUCUGUGGCUUUCCCCUCCAUUGGUAGUGGGAGGAAUGGUUUCCCGAAGCAGACGGCGGCCCAGCUGAUCCUGAAGGCCAUCUCCACCUACUUUGUGGCCACCAUGUCUUCCACCAUCAAGACCGUCUACUUUGUGCUGUUCGACAGCGAGAGCAUCGGGAUCUACGUGCAGGAAAUGGCCAAACUGGAGACGAGCUAAAAGAGUUUGGAGCCCCUCACCUCCUUCUUUCCUUCCCCUGUUUUUUUCCUCCAAGAAGAUAGGAAGGUGUUUACCUGGUGGUUUGUUUUAUUAUCAAGAAAAGAAGAAAAAAGAAGAAUCUUUCUAAAGGCCGGGAAACCUGUUUUGCAUUAUUUGUAUUUUUCCUAUAUUGUUUUUAAUUUCUUAUUUACUUGUCACCUCUGGCAUUUAAAUGUAAAAGUGCACUGUUCAUUCUGCGGUCUUUUAAUACAAACAGUGCGCUACAAAAGAGAUUCAAGUGAGAAGACUCACUUUAAGAUUUACUUUUCAUGGUACAUUCGGUAAAAUAUGUUAUGUGUGAUAGCUCCAGUACUCCUCAAAUGCCAGGCUCCCAGAGAAGUCUGAUGAAUACGGGUUAAUGCAUGUAAUGGCAGUAAACAGUUAAAACCGCAAUUUUCUUUUCUUUUCAUUUCAAAAACACAAGACAAAGUGAUUUAGGAUCAAUUAUCUUGUUGAUCAUCUCUUUUGUUUACAGUACUGUAUAAUGAAAGGGUAUCUCUGCUCUACUUUGGUCUUCAGGAGACCACAGAACUAAGGAAUGAGUCUUUGUGUUGUGUGUUGCAAAUUUCUGUGUUUGCCUUUCUUUACACGGGCAAAGUUAUUAAUUAUGUGUGCUGCAGAGACCUUGAAUAUCCACAAAAACGUAAUCAGUUGAAAGAAUAAGUUAAUUGACGCCUGUAUUAUAAUACUCAUCCUACCAGUGUCAUGAGUUUAUACUGUAAACUGCAUACCUUUCGCUUGUCAUUUACAGGAAAUAUGAGUUAUUUUAUGAACUAAAAUGGUAGAACUGAAGGUUUUUGCUGGGCACGAGUGGUUUAUAUGGUGUGUUCCUAUCAAUGUUUAUAUAUAGAUGGAGUAUUUGUGCAAUGUUAUAGAAAAAUAUUGGACUGUAACACAGAUUUUUAUUUUCUAUUUUAAUUGAUAAAGGCACAGGGGGUUUUGAAGAAGAAAAAAGCUAGUGAGAGAGUUGCUUUUGUGUGUUUUUGUCUUUGUUUAGUCACAUAACUAAUGUACUCAUCUUUGCUGGAAAUAGACGCUCUCAGCUGUUGCUUUUGGUUUGCUCUUCCAUUCAGCCGCCACCAGAUGGCUCCCUGUAAUCAAGAAUUGGAAUUUUCAUCUCAGCCAUUUUCUGUGCAGCAGCAGGCCUCUCCACACAGACGCUGUUUGAUUUGAGUUGGAUUUGAAUUGGGAUUGACGGACAUCUAUAUAUGAGAAACCUGACCGCUCUGCUGCAUUUGGACUUUUCAAAAGCCUAACUUUCUUAUGAAAAGAAAAAAAAA